AUGGCGCGUAGAUCAAUCGCGUCCGCCCUCAACAAGAUUAGGAAUGAGAGAUUAGGCCAAGCUACUGCUGCCGAUCAAUAUGAAGUGGAAGACGAGAACGACCGCAUCUAUGAAGUGUUAUCGGAUGAGGAAUAUCAGAAGCGUAAUAAAGCCAGGAAAAUCCACCAGUUUGUCGAAGGGGCAGAUUCAAAUGAUGAUGAGGAUGAAGAGUACGAUUUUUACGAUUACGAUAAACCUGCCCAUAAUAGUACGUCAAGCCAUAAGAAAAUAGGGAAGAUGAAACCAUUGGUUCAGCACUUCGUUGAGAUGGCUCGGAAGGGCGGUGAAGCUAAACAAUCGCAUACUGAAAAGGAUUUCGACAUUAAAAAAUAUUAUGCACUUGAAAUGGAGUUGGACGAUGAAGAUGUGGGAAUUGGGCGCAAAAAUUGCCCUGAGAAUGACUUGGUUGCCCACAAAAUCGCUAAAUCUUUAAAUUCUUUUAAACACACACAAAAUAUAACCACCACGGAACACGAUAUAUCACUUUACUCAGAUAAUGCAUCCCAAUCGUCAAUCUCGCGUAAUGUCUACACUAAAAAUAAUCAAAAAUAUACUCAUCAAGCAAACGAUUGGUCAGAUGAUAAUUUAAUUUGCACUAGGAAUGAAAGGGACAAACGCAUAGUUACAGAUGAUUUAUAUGAUAUACACGACAGCGUCGAGAUAUCUAACACUGAUAACAUCGGCAUCGAUCAGGAUUUCCAUAUAUACGAUCAAAUAAAUGACGCUGAGAUCGAUUAUCCAAAGGUACAGCUGGAUACUCCAGAUGAAAAUAUCAAUGUAAAACCCACAGAUAUAUAUUUAUUGGAAGAUAAAUUUAUCGGUAUAUAUUGCUUGGAUUUGCAGGAAGAUUUCAAGGGCAACUUUUACAUUUUUGGCAAAGCUAUAACCUCGCCUUACACAGCGGAUAGCGUAGAUACCGCUAGCUGUUGCAUAAUAGUUACCGAAUGCAUGCGGGAUUUAUAUUUCAAAGUUAGAAUGGAUAUGAAGUUUACGAUAGAGAACUCUGAAACUGUAAUUGAUGCUCAAAAUUCCUUGUAUCAGAAGAUGAUUAUGAAGGGGUUUUAUAAGGAAUUACAGACACUCAAGUCCCACUAUGGCAUUCAAAAGGUUAUGUUCAAACUUGUGUGGAGAAAAAUUUUACAAAAUGGCCCUUGUGGUCAGCAAAUGUUUAUCAAGGUCUGUUACCCUUAUUCAUCUCCCGAAAUACGCCCUGAGCACUAUUCAGGUAUUCAUUAUACGGACAUUUAUGGCUUGAAUAGUUCUCUAGUGGAAAGGUUUGCUGUAAAGAGGAAGAUAAAGGGCCCUUGCUGGCUUAAGAUUAGGGAUGCAAAAUUGGUGAAGGAUAAUAUAUCGCGUUGCCAAUUUGAAUUCGUCACUAAGAGUCACAAAUCAGUUUUCAGGUGGAAUUACAAAGAUCAAGAGUCCAAAGUUCCCGAGCCUCCUCUGCCUAAGCUUUGUAUUUGCAGUUUAUCGCUAAAGAUGAUCUCAGUGAAUAACAUUCCCGAAGCAUUUCAAAUCUCAAUGAUUUACAACAAGGCAGCAAAAAUUGAGAACUUCACAUUUGAUCUGGGGAAUGAAAACCAAUUUGUUUGUGUGAGAAAAGUUGCCAAUAAGAAUUGGCCUGGUGGAAUGGAUAAGUUUUGCAAGAGUCGUCCUUACAUUUGUUUGACUGAUAAUGAACGGGGUAUGAUUGCGGUAUUUUUCGGCAAAUUGCAGCAAAUAGAUCCGGAUAUAUUGGUUUCCCAUGAUAUUGGCAACAAUAUCAUUGAUAAUCUCACCAAGCGUGCAAUUGCCACUGGUUUGCCCCAACGAAUAUCAUUUUCCCGCUUUAAAUUUUACAAGAGAGGGCAAACUUAUACUCAAGGGCGAUUAGUUUGCGAUACUCGUGUUUUACUAAAGGAAUACAGCCCCGGUCAGGUGAGCUAUGAUUUGGAGUCGUUGGUAAAGUUUGACAAGUGGAAACCCGAUGAAAAUUUCUCUAGGACAACAUUUUCGGUAGAAGAUAUUGAACCAUUUUUUAACAAUUUAAGCAAGAUGCUGGAAUUUAUACAAUCAAGUUCCAAGUUUGCCUACUAUAGCUUGGAUGCCUUAGUGAAGAUGCAGGCUUUAACAUUAACCCGUGAGUUAACAUGUAUUGCUGGCAAUUUGUGGUCGCACAGCCUUGCCUGUAUGAGAUCCGAAAGGAACGACAUGCUACUUUUGCACGAAUUUCAUCGCCUAAAAUACGUAAUUUCCAACAGUUUUCAAAAGCACAAAGAUACAAAAAGCGCUGCGACUAAAAAAGGUUCAUAUGAAGGAGGGUUAGUGCUUGAACCCAUAUUGGGGCUGUACGACACAUUCAUAUUGCUACUAGACUUUAAUUCCUUGUACCCAUCUAUCAUCCAAGAAUUCAAUGUAUGUUUUACCACGGCUGUGAUUUCACCCAUAGUAGAUCACAACAACAAUCUACAGGUGGAAACGAUAUCUACAGAACCCGGAGUUUUGCCAGCUGUGCUAAAGCGAUUAGUGGAGAUGAGGGCGACAAUUAAGAGUUCUAUGAUGUCGGAGAAGAACAGUCAAAAGAAGGCCCAAUUGCACGUUAGACAAUUGGCGCUUAAACUAAUUGCCAAUUCUUUGUAUGGAUGCUUAGGCUCUCCAUAUUCUCGUUUCCAUGCACAGCAUUUAGCAGCCUUUAUCACACUACAGGGGCGUAAUAUUUUAAUGGACACAAAGGAGAAGCUGGAAAGUGAAUUCAAGCUUCAAGUGAUUUAUGGUGAUACGGAUUCUUUGAUGUUAAACACCAAUAUUAGGCAUGAUGGAAGACUCGAGAGUUUUAAUAAAGCAAAUCAACUGGCUACAAUACUUUCUGGUAGCAUAAACAAGAAAUAUCGCAAGUUGGAGAUUGAAUUGGAUGCCAUAUUUGCUAGACUUCUUCUGCUUAAGAAAAAGAAGUACGCUGCGCUCAAGGUUAUCGACUAUGGGCAGAAGAAACUUGAAAUUGACAGCAAAGGGCUCGACUUUGUACGCCGUGACUGGUCACUGCUCACCAAGGAAAUUGGUGAUAAAAUCCUCAACAUCCUAUUCACAGCGAAUUUCGGCGAUAACGGCAUAGAUGAGGCAAUUGAAAAGAUUCACGAGCUAUUGACAUAUUUAUGCGGUGAAAUGGAUUCGGAUCGGGUGCCACUGGAAUCAUAUACAAUCACCAAGCAAUUAAACAGGAAUCCAGAGGAGUAUUCGGAUGCCAGUGCACUGCCACACGUAUCAGUGGCGCUAAGAGUUAAUAAACAAGGGAAGCGCACUAUUAGGGCUGGGCAGGAUAUAUCAUUUAUUAUAUGCUCGAAACAGUCGAUUGAGAAGAUAAAGGGGAAGGGUGACACGAUAAAUUUGUUAUCCCAACGUGCAUUCACCAUUGAAGAGGUGAAGGAGUUGGGAUUGAAACCUGAUUUGGAAUAUUAUAAGUCGGUACAGCUUCUCCCCCCCGUUAUUAGACUCUGCGGUAAUAUAGAGGGGACAAAUUCACAGAGAUUGGGGAGGUGCUUGGGACUUGCAAUAAAUGAAAGCUAUGAAAAAAGAGAAGGGGAAGGGGUACAACAUUCAAUAAUCUCCGAAUCCAGUGCGUUGAACUUGAUUAAAAGAUCAAUUGAUGAUUAUCGUGGCCUCAGUCUAUCUGCGGGUUUACACUGCAAUAACUGUGGCAAUAUGGUGAAUCCUGAGGCUUUUUUGCAGUAUUUUAGGUGCAGCAAUUGUAAAUUUUGGUUCCCAAUUAAUUCAAUUAAGAAUUGGAUACAACGAGUGAUAUUUGAGUUGGACACAAAUGCUGCAAUUUGUACAAGGAGAUGUACAAGUUGUGAAACUAGCACUCAAAGAGUGAUGAUAGGCGCUGUACAUCGAUGUCCACAAAUGGCAUGUCAGGCACAAGAUACAAUGGAGCAAUUUCUCACGGCAAAUAAAACUUUUCUCUAUUACGAUUACAUAGAAUUUUUGCUAAGAGGACCAUUAAGGGAAGGGCCUGAUGAUGCUGAGGAUGUAGAUAGGCCAUGCCUAGUUUCCGUAUUGAUAGAUCCCAAGGGCAGGAUCCAUCCACUGAAUGAAACCCCUAUUAGACAGAUUGAAAUUUCAGACUACAACGAAUUACUUAAUAAUUUGUCAAAGGAACAGUCAAUUGGCGCCUCCUCCGGACUUAAGAAGAUGUGUCCAACCAUCAUGUCACUGAUAAACAACGCAAGCUGCCUAAAGUUACACAUCUUAGACUACAACAGAGAGAGGAAGAAUCUGCGCUCGUUUGUACAAAAUCAACAGUCGCGGAAUGGAUACUCUCAAAUAUCUCUGAAUUCGCUGUUCUCCCCCUUUUCCGUGAUGAGGAGAGGAGGACAAUUUGAGAUUUUCACAGAUCAACUUUAG